AUGCAUUUUAGGAAUAAAAAAAAACAAUAUUUCCAAGUCUAUCUAAAACCGGCCUUUAAACGGUAAAUCAAGAGAUGCUCCCUUAAGAGACUUAAGUGGUUAUAGAGAAUAUCAGGAUUAAAAGGCCUGGACGAUGGACCAUUAUAGCUUCCUCAUUUGUAAAUAUCAAUCCCAAAGUAUCUUAGUUCUUUUAACCACUGUUCAAGGGAAUGGAGCAUGCUCACACUCUAAGGGCCCAUUCUGACUCCAAACCUAUACUGUGAGUUCUCUUAUUCUUCAGCCCCUUUAUAAACGUUCAAUUAGAUCCUCCCUCUCAAAGACACCCUCUAUAUCUGGAUGUAAUAUGGGGUAGCAUUUCCGGUUCCUUCCUACCCUAAAUAUCUAGGCAAUACCUAAUAAAGCUCCCUCUAUAAGGCUAAGGUUCAAAAGUGA